AUGGCGGCUCGCUUGCCGUCCUCCCCGCCGGCCCCGACCACCACGGCGCGGCGGUCCAGUCGCCGGUCGCCGUGCGUCGGGCGCGGAGCCGACGUGCACUCCGUGCGCAGGGUGGCCUCGGGUCUGGAGGGCGCCGCGAGGGUGGCCGCCGCCUUCGCGGAUAAAAGCGACUUCCUCUGGAGGGGCGAGGAAGGGUCAGGGGCCCGGCCAGGGCCGGGGCGGGCUCCAGUGGCCGGCGCGGCCGCGGCCUCCCGGCGAGCCGAUGGCCUCUCCGUGGUGGUGGAGGCGAAGGAGCCGCAGACGCAGCUGCUGGAGGAAGAGCUGAGCAGCCUCAAGGAGGAGCUGGCCCUGUGUCAGGCUGACAAAGAAUUUGUAUGGUCUUUGUGGAAACGUCUUCAGGCAACAAAUCCGGAUCUCACUCAAACUGUCAGUUUGGUUGUGGAAAGAGAAAAACAGAAAUCUGAAGCCAAAGACAGAAAAGUUCUGGAAAUUUUACAAGUCAAGGAUGCUAAAAUACAAAAACUGGAACAGACUGAAUCAGUACUCAAACAGGAAAUAAAUGACCUUGUGAAACAGAAGACCUUGGUUGAUGAAGAAAAUGCUUUCUUGAGGAAAGAAUUCAGUGAUUUACAGAAGAGAUUUAAAGACAAAAGCCAAGAAGUUAAGGACACUAAGGAGUGUGUACAGAAUAAAGAAGAGCAAAGUAGACUGCUUAUAAAAAGCCUGGAGGAGGAAAAUGAGAAAUUAAGUACACGCUGCACUGACCUGCUAAAUGACCUGGAGAAACUGAGGAACCAGGAAGUACAUUGGAGAAAAGAAAAAUAUAGUACGGAUGCAAGAAUGAAGGCCCUUGAAGACAACUUAAUUGAUGCAAAGAAAGAAAUUGAAUUAUCACAGAGUAAAUAUAAUGCCCUGUCACUACAGCUGAAUAACAAACAGACUGAACUUCUCCAGAAGGAUAUGGAUAUUACAUUGGUCAGGAAAGAAUUGCAGGAGCUGCAGAAUCUGUACAAGCAGAACAGCGCACACACAACACAGCAAGCAGAGCUGAUCCAGGAGCUCCAGCUCCUCAACAUGGACGCACAGAAAGUACUGAUGAACCAGGAAGAUGUUCACACAGCUGAAAGCAUAUCAUACCAAAAACUUUAUAAUGAAUUACAUAUUUGUUUUGAAACUACAAAAUCAAAUGAAUCUAUGCUCCGGCAGAGUGUUGUUAAUCUUCAGGAUCAACUGUUUCAAAAAGAACUGGAAAACGUAAAAUUAAAAGAAAAACUUCAGGAAUCACAAAGAACAACCUUUUUGAAUCAAGAAAACAAUUCAAACCACUCAGCAAAGGCAUCGUUAUCAAGCUUGGAAACAUUAAUGGUCUCACAGAAGUCUGAAAUCGAGUAUUUACAGAAUAAGCUGAAAGUGGCAAAUGAGAAAUUGUCGGAGAACAGAUCUGGUGUGCAGAGCUUCCCAGAGAACAGUGCUGAAGGGAGACGCAAGGAACCACCUGUGAAACGUUCAAGGUCUUUGUCCCCAAAGAGCUCUUUCAUGUACUCCGAGGAGCUAAGGAAGCUGAAAAACGCUGAAAGAAAGAUUGAAAACUUAGAGAAGACACUACAGCUAAAGAGCCAAGAAAAUGAUGAGCUAAGAGAUGCCCAUGAAAAACGCAAGGAAAGGCUACAGAUGUUACACACCAACUACAGAGCAGUAAAAGAGCAAUUAAAACAGUGGGAAGAAGACAGUGGCAUGACUGAAACCAGAGAAAUGAUGCGAGCAGAUCCUCAGCAACUUCGACAAGAAGACUCUGACGCUGUGUGGAAUGAACUGGCCUACUUCAAAAGAGAAAACCAAGAGUUGAUGGUUCAAAAGAUGAAUCUUCAAGAUGAAUUGGAUGAACUUAAAAUACAUAUGUCCGUUGAUAAAACAACAAUACAAGAAUUGAAUAGGUGCAUGGCAGAGAAAAGAGAAGAACAACUCUUUAGACACCAUGAAGAUGCUGGGGUCAAGAAGAGUACUCCAGAGAAGAAUGAGAAAGCAAUAUCGGAGCAGACAUUACAGAAGGUCAUUGAGUUGGAAAAUCGUCUAAAAUCUUUUGAGAAAAAGUCAAGAAAGUUAAAAGAAGAGAAUAAAAAAUUAAAGAAAGAAAAUGAUUUCCUGAAAUCCCAUUUAAAACACUGUCAAGAAGAUUCAGAGGCGAGAGAGAAAGAGCUAGAGCACCUAUUGAAGGUGAGCAAAGAUUCAGAAAAUGACAAAAGUGAGCUUCAGAUAAAAAUCACCGAUCUGGAGAAGGAAGUCACUGCCCUGAGGAGACAAGUGGCAGAAGCUAAGGCUUUGAGAAAUGAAAACCAAGAGGAGGCGGGUGCAGAGGAGAAAGCGCAUCCUCAUCCAACAGACAAAGCCAAAUCUGAGAUGACCACCACAGACGUGAGAGCCCGGCAGUAUGACUGCAAGACAACCACUACCAAGGUGAAAUUCAAAGCUGCCAAGAAGAAGUGCUCCGCGGCUCGUCACUGCACUGUUCUCGAUCACUCGGUCAAGGUUAUGAGCCAUGUUGAGAACCUCAGCAAGGACGGCUGGGUGGAUGUGAGUGAAGGCAGCAGUGAUUCUGAAACACAAACCUCUCGAAAUUUGGGAACAAUUAUUGUGGAAACUUCCCAGAAAAUAAGCCCUGUAGAAGAUGGUAGAGUCCAGAAAGAAACUGACCAAGCAGAAGACAGCUGUAUGCAACAAAGAGAAAUGCAGACAUAUUCACAUGAGGACUGCAAGGCCCUGCAGGAUGUUUCUCAUUAUAAGAAUUCCAAGAAAACAGCCUUUCAAAAGAAGAGUUUACACACCACAGCUCCUGCCAGAGUUAACAGAGAAAAGUAUAAAAAUAUGCCUGCCCACAAAUCCAGUAGCAGCGCUGUUUUAUUACGAGAGCGGAUUAUAUCCUUGCAGCAACAAAACAGUUUGCUUCAGAAUGCCAGGAAAGCAGCAGAAUCAUCUGCUAAGGAGUAUAAAGAAGCCAACGAGAAGCUCCUCCAUCAACAGCAGAUAGCCGACCAGCGGUUCCAGACCAGCAGACAGACAAUAAAGAAGCUAACUCUCGAUUUAGCUGGACUUCAAAAAGAAAAGGAAGAUUUGUUAAGGAAAUUGGAGUCUUCAUCUGACGUCACAAGCGUGACAGAAGUAACGGCCCCACAGAUACAAGUCACCGCCACGGGCCCCGUGAGGAGCAUGGAUUUGGAAAUGAGGCAAUUGCAGUGUAAACUGAAGAAUGCAACGAAUGAACUCACUAAACAGUCAUCAAAUGUGAAGUCUCUGAAACUGGAACUCCUGGCAAAAGAAGACCACAUAAAGGAGAUGCAUGAAAAGACAUCUCGAAUGGAGAGAGAUAUAACCAUGAAAAGACACCUGAUCGAGGACUUGAAAUUUCGACAGAAAGUAAAUUCAGAAAGUAAUGAAAGUUUUAAUGAAAUGUUAGAAAGUCUUGAAAAAAAGGUGAAGACAUUAACUGAAGAAUGUUCCAACAAGAAAAUAUCAGUUGAUUCCCUAAAGCAAAGACUUAACGUUGCUGUGAAGGAGAAGUCACAGUAUGAACAGAUGUAUCAGAAAACUAAAGAGCAGCUAGAAAAAAAGGAUCUCAAACUGAGUCUCCUGAUGUCAAAAAUAAAUGAAACAGAAACUGCAAUGGCACAGAUUGAGAUGGCAGCAUCCGAGCAGCUCCAAGGCUUAGCACUGCAGAAUGAACAGGUCCUGGAAGAUGCGCAGAAGAAACUGCUGUUAGCCAAUGAAAAAAUAGAGGAGUUCACCAUCUUUGUGAAGGCUUUGGUCAAAGAGUUGCAAAGUGACGUCCAUGGGACAAGACAUCAAAUCAGAGAGCUUAAGAAGAUGCAGAAAAACAGACAGGCUUGUAAAACCUCAACCCAUAAAGCCCAGACCUUGGCAGCUUCCAUCCUGAACAUCUCACAGUCGGACCUAGAGGAAAUAUUGGACACAGAAGAUGAAGUGGAAAUUGAAAAGACAAAGAUAGAUGCUGAAAAUGACAAAGAAUGGCUGUUGUACAUUCAGAAACUUCUUGAAGGACAGCUUCCUUUUGCCUCAUAUUUACUAGAAGCAGUACUGGAGAAAAUAAAUGAAAACAAGAAACUAACUGAAGGAUAUCUCACAGUUAUGAAAGACAUUAGGUAAAGUUAUAACAAAGCUGUUUUCAAGUGUGAGGCCCUCAUGUGCUGUAGUUGCAGACAGUCCAGGUACAGCAUCUGCUCCAGCUAUCAGUAGGCAGCCUCGGUUCCAAAACAGCAAGUUGGUGAACA